AAAUGUUUAGCGUACGUCAAAAUGCCAAAUCAGCAAGUGAUCUUUACGAGACAUGCCGAAUCUAUCUUUUGUUUAUAAUUGUUAUAUUAUUCAUUUAUUUAAUACUCUUGACUCAUUAAAAUUGAACUAAUCACAAAAUAAUGACUGUUAGAAAACGGUAAACAUUAAUCUAAUAUCGUCAACAUAUUGAGGUUAACAUAAACAUAUCAGUUCAUAAUGAAACAAAAAAAUACUCAGGCGUUGAAAUAUGCUAGUUUAAUUACUUUAACUCUCCAAAAUGCAAUUUUGGGACUCAGUAUGCGCUAUGCGAGAACUAGGGAUGGAGACAUGUUUUUAUCAUCGACAGCUGUUGUCAUGUCAGAGGUAAUGAAGCUCAUUAUAUGUUUGUGUAUUUUGUAUUCAGAAGAAAAGUCUUUGGAAAAAUGGUCAAACGCUCUAUACAGUACAAUUGUUAAACAACCAUUUGACACAUUAAAAGUUUGUGUACCAUCCCUGGUGUAUAUUAUACAGAACAAUUUGCUUUACGUUAGCGCUUCACAUUUAGAUGCAGCAACUUAUCAGGUCACAUAUCAACUCAAAAUUUUGACCACUGCCAUGUUUGCAGUAUUUAUAUUAAAAAAGAAGUUGUUAUCUAUCCAGUGGGCUGCUCUUGUAGUCCUUGUUAUAGGUGUGGUUUUAGUUCAGCUUGCAAAAUCAGAUACACCUGCGACUCUUCAAACUGGUUUUAGUCAAAACCGUUUAAUAGGUUUUAGUGCAGCAUUUGCUGCUUGCUUUUUGUCUGGAUUUGCGGGGAUAUAUUUUGAAAAAAUUUUGAAAGGCUCCGAUAUAUCUGUUUGGAUGAGAAAUAUUCAGUUGAGCUUGUUGUCAUUACCAUUUGGGUUCAUUACCUCGUUUUUAUCAGAUCACAAAAUCAUUUUUGACAAAGGAUUUUUUUAUGGAUAUGAUUUCUUUAUAUGGUAUCUUGUUUUGCUACAAGCUUGUGGUGGGCUUAUUGUGGCAAUGGUAGUGAAAUACGCAGAUAACAUCUUGAAAGGAUUUGCCACAUCUUUGGCUAUAAUAAUAUCUUGUGUUGUAUCUAUAUACAUAUUUGAUUUUAAUUUGACGAUGCAAUUCACUGCAGGAGUGUUUUUCGUGAUCUGUUCAAUAUUUAUGUACGGUUAUAAUGCCAAGUCUGAUAAUUCACAUAAGGUUACCAACAGUAACUCCAAGGUAUGAAAUUGUAUUUAAAAAAUUAUUUAUUUUAGAUCUGAAAUCACCUAAUCUGAUAGUAUUAUGUAAUAUAUUUUGUA